AUGCUAUUUGCAACUUUAGAACAUAUACUAACUCAUAUCUCUUUCUCAACCAUUUCAAUUGUGAUUACGAUUCAUUUGAUAACCUUAUUAGUUCGUGAACUUAGGGGAUUACGUGAUUCGUCAGAAAAAGGAAUGAUAGCUACUUUUUUCUCUAUAACAGGAUUUUUAGUCUCUCGUUGGGUUUCUUCGGGACAUUUUCCAUUAAGUAAUUUAUAUGAGUCAUUGAUCUUCCUUUCAUGGACUCUGUAUAUUCUUCAUACUAUUCCUAAGAUACAGAACUCGAAAAACGAUUUAAGCACAAUAACUACGCCAAGUACUAUUUUAACGCAAGGCUUUGCCACGUCGGGUCUUUUAACUGAAAUGCAUCAAUCCACAAUACUAGUACCUGCUCUACAAUCUCAGUGGUUAAUGAUGCAUGUCAGUAUGAUGUUACUAAGCUAUGCAACUCUUUUGUGCGGAUCCUUAUUAUCCGCCGCUCUUCUAAUCAUUAGAUUUCGAAAUUCUUUCGAUUUCUUUUCACUAAAGAAAAAUGUUUUUCUUAAAACAUUUUUCUUUAGUGAGAUUGAAUAUUUAUAUGCAAAAAGAAGUGCUUUAAAAAACACCUCUUUUCCCGUAUUUCCAAAUUAUUACAAAUAUCAAUUAACUGAGCGUUUGGAUUCUUGGAGUUAUCGUGUCAUUAGUCUAGGGUUUACUCUUUUAACCGUGGGUAUUCUUUGUGGAGCAGUAUGGGCUAAUGAGGCAUGGGGAUCCUAUUGGAAUUGGGAUCCUAAGGAAACUUGGGCAUUUAUUACCUGGACCAUAUUUGCAAUAUAUUUACAUAGUAGAACAAAUCCAAAUUGGAAGGGUACGAAUUCCGCACUUGUAGCUUCGAUAGGAUUUCUUAUAAUUUGGAUCUGCUAUUUUGGUAUCAAUCUGUUAGGAAUAGGUUUACAUAGUUACGGUUCAUUUACAUUACCAUCUAAAUAA